CUGAGCCUUGCUCGCGGGGGUGAUGGGGGUGGCUGGCGGGUCAGUUCUCCGGAGGCUGGGAGACGUAGGCCCGCACCCGGCUCCAGAGAGCUUUGGCCGGGCUGGGAGCCUCGCGGCAUAAGGGCGUUGCUGGGGUGCGGGGUCAGCGCCCCGCCUGGGGCCUAGGCCCCAGGGCACCUGUCAAUAGGUCCCACGCCCGAGUGGUGUUGGCUGGGUCAGCGUGGGGCUGCCUGGGGAAGGCCUGGGGCCCUGUGCCCCCAGUGGGCGUGAGCCAUCGUCCAGUAUCAGUGUUGGACUUUGCCUUGCCAGCCCACUGUUGCCAUGGGUAUACCAGUCUUCAUACUUGCUGGUCUCCUUGUGCAUUGUGUGUUCUUGGCCUCCAUUUUUGACAUCUACUUCAGCUCUCCCCUGGUUCACGGUAUGACUCCUCAGCAGACUCCACUGCCACCUCCGGCAAAACGUCUUGUACUCUUUGUUGCUGAUGGUCUGCGGGCAGAUUCGCUGUAUGAAUUGAACAGCAGUAAUACGUCCCAAGCACCUUACCUGCGGAGUAUUCUGGAGAAUAAUGGCAGCUGGGGAAUCUCUCACACCCGGGUCCCAACAGAAUCCAGGCCAGGACACGUUGCGCUUAUAGCUGGAUUUUAUGAAGAUGUCAGUGCAGUUGCUAAAGGAUGGAAGGAGAAUCCAGUGGAAUUUGACUCUGUUUUCAAUCAAAGUAAAUAUACUUGGAGCUGGGGAAGCCCAGACAUUUUGCCAAUGUUUGCAAAAGGUGCUACUGGAGAUCACGUUUAUACAUUUUGCUACACAGCAGAAAGUGAAGACUUUGGAGCACAUGAUGCAGCCAAGCUUGACUUGUGGGUUUUUGAUCAUGUUAAGAGCUUCUUUAAUUCUUCCAGAAGUAAUCAAACAUUGUUCUCUGCACUAAAUGAAGAGAAAGUUGUUCUGUUCCUGCAUUUGCUAGGCAUAGACACAAAUGGGCAUGCUCAUCGGCCAAACUCAAGGGAAUACAAGGAGAAUAUUAAAAAAGUUGACAAGGGUAUAAAAGAAAUUGCUUCAAUGAUUGACAAUUUCUAUGGAAAUGAUGGAAAAACUGCAUUUAUUUUAACUUCUGACCAUGGAAUGACAGAUUGGGGAUCUCAUGGAGCUGGUCAUCCCUCAGAAACUUUAACACCACUGAUUGUUUGGGGUGCUGGGGUGAAUUAUCCACAGAAAGUCAAAUCCCAGUUCUUUGAAGACAAUUUUUUGAAAGAAUGGAAACUGGAGGACUUGAAGAGGCUGGAUGUCAAUCAGGCUGAUAUUGCACCGCUGAUGGCUUCCCUUAUCGGUGUGCCUUUCCCCCUGAAUUCUGUGGGAACUCUGCCUCUUGAAUAUCUGAACAACAGUGCUCAUUUCAAAGCAGAGAGCAUAUUUACCAACGCUGUUCAGAUUCUCGAGCAAUUUAAGGUUAAGAUGAGUCAGAAAAAGGAAACUACAUUGUCAUUUCUGUUCACACCAUUCAAAGAACCCAGGUGCUGUCAUCCAAGAAGGAAUAGACCACUUUCUGAUUCGGAACAGAUCAACUUCUUAAAGAAAACAAGACUAUAUAUUCAGCAGCAGAGGUACGAUGAAGCGGUAUCUUUAUGCAAAACCCUGAUUAACCUUGCUUUGGAAGGCUUGUCGUAUUACCAUACUUACGAUAGAUUAUUCCUGGGUCUAAGUAUUGCAAUGGGCUUUGUGGGCUGGACAACUUACGUGAUUUUGGUGAUUAUCAAGACCCAUACCAAUUUGACCAAGACUGUCCAGACUAAUAACAAGGAAUCUACUGUUCUCUUCUAUGGUUUUGCCUUUGUUGGAAUGAUAAUUGUAUUUUUCCUGUUGAUUCAAACAUGUCCUUGGACAUACUACGUAUACUGUCUCUUGCCAGUACCACUUUGGUAUGCAGUUGUGAGAGAACUUCCUGUUAUUCAAGACCUUGCCACAAAUCUCUUGUCACUUCAUAUUGGUCAGUCUAUAGGAUUCCUCUUGGUUUGUACACUGGGAAUUGAAAUACUAGUCUUCAGCUUCUUCUACCGCUCUACGCUUACUGUUGGUCUUCUUGUCUUUGCUGGCUGGCCAGUGAUCACACAGCUGUGGGUUCAAGCAAAGACAACAGCAUUGAUCUGGACUCUUCUCUGUGUGCUCCUGGCAAUAUUUCCUUUAAUGCCUGUUCUAGGAAGAGAACCAAACAUUCCUCUGGUAAUAGCAGCUGGCUUGCUGACUCUCUUGAUCUCUUGCUUCUCAUUGGCACCUCUUUGUAAAAGCGAAAAUAAAUACAGAAAUAAUGAAGAUAUGAAAGUACAUUUUUAUCAGGUGUUGAGUAUUGCACUUUCAACCUAUGUUGUGAGCAGUACCCAUGACAGUCUUAAGAACAAACAAGGAUUGCCUGUACUGAAUCAAAUUAUUAGCUGGAUGACUCUAGUUUCUUCCUCGGUGUUGCCGUUACUGAGCCCCACGUUUCUCUUUCAGCGACUGUUGAGCAUACUGCUCUCUGUGAUGUCUACCUACCUGCUCCUCAGCACAGGGUACGAAGCUCUGUUUCCACUGGUGCUAUCUGGUUUGAUGUUUGUGUGGAUAUACAUGGAGCAAGAAGCACUGCAGCACUAUGGCCUUUCACUCAAACCGAAGCUUGCUGUUUUCAACUUCGCCUAUGCUACUGACAUAACUCAGUUUCGACAGCUCCACCUAGAUGAUGUCCGCAGGUCUUUCUUCUUUGUUUUCUUCAUAGUGACAGCCUUUUUUGGUACUGGAAACAUAGCUUCUGUUAACAGUUUUGAUCCUGCUUCUGUCUAUUGUUUCUUGACUGUGUUCAGCCCCUUCACGAUGGGAGGCUUGCUUGUGCUCAAGGUUGUAAUCCCGUUUGUUCUGGUAUCAUGUGCUUUCGAAGCUGUUCAAGUCACAACACAACUGUCUUCUAAGAGCCUUUUCCUCAUUGUUCUUGUGAUUUCAGACAUUAUGGCUUUGCAUUUUUUCUUUUUGGUUAAAGAUUAUGGAAGCUGGCUGGAUAUUGGAACAAGCAUUAGCCACUAUGUGCUGGUGAUGUCAUUGACCAUAUUUAUGAUGUUGAUGAAUGGACUGGCCCAGCUGCUAACUACAAAGAGACUUGAAUUUCCCAGAAGGACUAAGCACCAUUCCACGUGAUAAAGUGAUAAAUCAUCCUGCCUUGUUCCCAUCCUCAAGCUUCCUCUGAACCAACCUCCGCUUCUGGAAUGUAAAUAUAGGUUAACAGACUAGAGUGCCAAAAGCCCAUCCAGGGAUCAGAGCGUGCUGCUGAUACAGGCUGAAUGCUGUCCCGUGACUGAAAUUUGCAUUUGGAGAUUGCCAUUUAGACAUCGAUGGGACUAAAAAUGCCUCAGCUUUAUUCUCCAAGUGUACAUAUUGCUUGAAAAUAAACCCAACAACAAAGUCCUUUUUAAAAGAAAUAGGCAACCAUUUCUUGGGGUUUUUUUUGUUGUCGUUGUGAUAACUUGUUUGCCAGCUGUUUGUCUCACACAGGCUCACUCUCAUUAUGAGUCUGCAAAGUCCUAGCUUCAUUUCAUGUCUCACAUAAGCAUCUCACAGACUAAAGCAUAAAUGAAAUCAGUCUGGGCAGAUCACUGAUUUGUAUGUUGCCAAUGUGGCAUACGCAUUUGAAUUUCUCUGAAACUGGCUAUGCUUUUUGCAAGCUGUGUCAAUGUGCAUGUGAGAAUAUGUUGAGGCAGGUUAAGACCGGUACGCUGCGAGGCUGUUGCUUUUAAGGCAACAGCUUCUAGCUAACCUCGGUGUGAACUGCUGCUGCUGACCGUGCUCCACUGCUGCCUCCUGUGCUUGGGUGAGCUGAGCAGUAUGCCAGCUCAGGUAAUUAUCCAAAUGAAAAGGAACCUGAUUAAAGAAUUGUAAAAUAGUGUUCA